AUGCCCAUUAUUUAAAGUACAAUAGGGUCAACUGAGCACAAGGGCAAUUCUUCGGGGCCAUUCUCCAUAUCAGCCUCAUCGUGCAUGCUAAUAAUAUGGGAGUCACAUUCAUCUUCUUGUUCAUCCUUUUCUACAUAACGUUAAGGGAGCUCCGGCGUCUUCGAGCUCUCUCUGGCCACCACAGACCACCAACCUAUCCUUUCAUCGGAUGCCUCGUACCAUUUUACAAGAACCGCAAUCGCCUCCUUGAUUGGUACACUCACCUCCUUUCCUACUCACCCACUUACACCAUCGUCCUCCGUCGUCUCGGUGCACCAACCACCAUUGUCACAGCAAACCCACAAAACGUAGAGUACAUCCUCAAAACCAACUUCAAUAACUUCCCAAAAGGCAAGCCCUUCACUGACAUCCUUGGCGAUUUUCUCGGCCAUGGAAUCUUCAACGUGGACGGCGAGCUGUGGCAGACUCGACGUAAAUUAGUCAGCCAUGAGUUCAGCUCUAGGUCCCUGGAGGAUUUUGUUAAGCACACGUUGGAAGAAGAAGUAAACGAGAGGCUCAUACCAGUGCUUGAGACCUUGUCCAAGAGAAACCAAGUGGUGGAUUUGCAAGAUUUGCUUGGGAGAUUCUCGUUCAAUGUGAUCUGUAAAUUCACAAUAGGGACCAACAUGUGGUGCUUGGAUCCUUCUUCGCCCAUUUCGCCUCUGGCAAGAGCUUUCGACGCAGCAUCAGAGAUAUCUGCGAGACGUGGGGCAGCGCCUUUGUUUUUGAUCUGGAAGAUGAAGAGAUGGCUUGGGGUUGGAUCUGAACGGAGGCUCAGAGAGGCUGUGGAAGAAGUUCAGGGUCAUGUGACGGAAAUGAUACGUGAGAGGAAGAAGAAGACGAUGAAGGCUCGCGGUGACGAUCUCCUAUCACGGCUUGUAAAUGCAGGUCAAGAAGAAGAGGUGAUUAGAGACAUGGUGAUAAGCUUUAUACUGGCAGGGAGGGACACGACAGCGGCAGCUUUGACAUGGUUCUUCUGGUUGAUCUCUCAUCAUCCUACGACGGAGCAUCAGAUUUUGAAAGAGACAGAAGUGAAGGCGGGAGAAGAAGCAUUGGAUUAUGAAUGUUUAAGGAAUCUUGACUUUCUAAAGGCUUGUCUUUGUGAGUCGAUGAGGUUGUACCCUCCUGUGGCCUGGGAUUCAAAGCAUGCAAUAGAAGAUGAUUUGCUGCCAGACGGAACUAGGGUCGGAGCAGGAGAUCGGGUAACGUAUUUUCCUUAUGGGAUGGGAAGGAUGGAAGCACUGUGGGGAAAGGACUGGUUCGAGUUUAGGCCGGAUCGCUGGUUUGUUGAAACAGACAAGAACAAGAAAUGGAGUAAGGUUUCGGCGUUCAAGUGUCCAACGUUUCAGGCUGGUCCCAGAACGUGUCUUGGGAAAGAAAUGGCUUUCAUUCAGAUGAAGUAUGUGGUGGCUUCAAUCCUUGGGAGAUUCAAGAUCAGACCUGUCGGCCAAGAUAAGCCUAUAUUCGUGCCAUUUCUUACGGCACACAUGGCUGGCGGUUUAAAGGUGCUUGUUUACAAGAGAGAGAAUAACCUCGCUUAGACAGGCGCAGAAUUAUAAAACUUCUCAGUUAAUAAACUUUUGUUGGCGGCAAAUUGUUAAUGAAUUUGAAGAGCCCAAUUAGCAUGCCAUUGUUUCUCCUUUUUCAAUUUGUUUUUUCGGUGCACAAAACGAUUGUGAACUCAUGAUGGUCAUAGAAAGAAGUUUGGCGCACGUUUACCAGCGGAAUCCAAAUAAUUGAACAUGCUCAUGAUCACCGUCAAGUUAUCAAUCCCUGCAAAACAUGCGAUGAGCAA